AGAGCGAGAGCGAGAGACCCAGCGCGAGAGAGAGAGAGAGAGAGAAACCUGCGAUUUCAACCUCAUAUUCUUGGCGCCGAAAAAGAGGGGCACGUACAAGAAAGGAAAGAAAGGAAAGAAAAGAAAAGAAACCCCCCACCCCCCCGCCCGCCGGUAGUAGCCGAAUUUCCAGCGGUGGUAGAUUCAAAUGUCGCUCGAUUCGCGAGCCUCCGCCGUCGCGCCGUGCUAGCCAGCUAGCUAGCCUCGUUAGCGCGCUACCGUACCGUUGUCAUAAUCUUGCACCCUCUCUCUCUCUGGCUCCCCCGUUUUUCCUCCCAUCGCCAAAUUACCCGGUUAGCCGUACGGGCACAGCACGUCUCCGGCCAGGUGUGCUUCUUCGGGGCGAUCGGUAAACCGCACGGCGAAAUGGGGAGGAAGUCAAACAGAGCGAAAGAGAAGAAGGCCAGGCGCCUGGAGGAAAGGGCGGCCAUGGAUGCUGUCUGUGCCAAGGUGGACGCAGCCAACAAGCUCGAUGACCCACUGGCUGCUUUCCCAGUCUUCAAAAAGUACGACAGAAAUGGGCUGAACCUGCAGAUAGAGUGUAAGAGAGUGUCCACCCUCAACCCCCUGUCUGUAGAGUGGGCCUACGAACUCACCAGAUCCAACAUGCAGACACUGUACGAGCAGAGUGAAUGGGGAUGGAAGGAGAGAGAAAAGAGGGAGGAGAUGAAGGACGAGAGGGCGUGGUACCUGCUAGCUCGUGACACUGACUCCGCCCCUGUCGCCUUCUCUCACUUCCGAUUCGAUGUGGAGUGCGGGGAGGAGGUACUAUACUGUUACGAGGUGCAGCUAGAGAGCAGAGUGCGGAGGAAAGGACUGGGCAAGUUCCUCAUCCAGAUAUUACAGCUCAUCGCCAAUAGUACACAGAUGAAGAAAGUGAUGUUGACAGUAUUCAAACACAACCAUGGGGCUUACCAGUUCUUCAGAGAAGCUUUACAGUUUGAGAUUGAUGACACCUCGCCCAGCAUGUCUGGCUGUUGUGGCGACGACUGCUCCUACGAGAUCCUCAGCCGGCGGACCAAACAUGGCGAGGCCUCAGCAGGACACACCCACGGGGGCGGGCACUGUGGGGGCUGCUGCCACUGAUUGGCUACAAUGACUUGCCAAUCAGUAAGAAAAGAAAAGAAAAAACCAGCAACUUUCAUGGCCAUGUGUGAAAGCUCCCGCUGCCUACUAUUUCUAGUUUACCUUCUCCGAACUUUUUUAAGUUAAAAUGCCCGUCGGGUGCUGAAGAAUGAACUAAGUGGUGGAACAUGCCUCACUUUGGCCACAGAUGUUGCUGUGUUAUUAUGGGUUGAGAUUUAUGUAUUGAUAGUUAUCGUCCAUUCAUUCCUGCUACAAACCAUUUCAGUAGGCGGUAUGCAGUGUGAGCUUUCAAACAUAGCCCCCGUUUUUCCUAAAUCCUGGUCUGAUGUCCAAACCGCCUCGUAUCCUGCCCUACCGUCCCAGGUACCAACUGUUACUCGUUCCGAGUCAUGGAAAAGAUACCCCCCCCCCCCCCCGCCAUAUUCUCAUGCCAUCCACCUCACCUAGCAACCUUCAAUCUCAUGUUCUCAUCUCCUCUACUGUGCUGCACUGUAUUGAAGUAUCGUGCAGGUUCCCUAAACUAUUUUCAGGGGACACUAACUAGAUCGUGGCUAAGGCUGACUCUGUCAGGUCCUUCCAUCGAGAAUAUAAACGCGUUUUGAUUAAACUUGGGUCCCAGGCCACAACUUUGGGGACCGUGUAAGGGUUUGAGAACCCUUGGCGUUAUGCACGCUGUUCUACGUUACCAUGUCCCGGUAUAUUGUGAGUUAUUCAUAUAGCUUGUUAAGUAUAAACUGGUCUGUGUAGCAGCUGCGCCACAGGCACAAACUGUACUAUUUUGAACCACGUUGGCCUGCCCUACUACUGUUAGGACGUUACAGUUUACAGUUAGGAAACUGCGUCUUUAUGUCUGUUCCCAUCACCCUAUUUAUCCCUAUGCCUAGAAAUAUACCUUUUUUUCAAUUCUUUUUUUUCUCUCUAAUGUAAUCAAGCAACCUGACGCAAGAUGACAUUCUCCCUAAUUACCCCCUCUCUCCACUUUUACCUUCCCUCCCCCAACUGGUUGGAAUCCCCCUCAUCAUCAUCAUCAUCAUCAUGUUGCCGUAUAACUGUUGUAAACAAACAAACAAAAAAAGAAGAAAAGAAUUGCCAUCUUCUCUCUUUUUCACCCUUUCCUCCCUCAACCACUAUUUCCUCUUGUUCUGUACCUGUAGAUACUGAUGACAGAUUCCCGUACCCAUAAUGCAUUUUCACUGGACUUUGCUUCAGUUCUGUAAGAUUGCAUCCAUCCUUCUCUUCCUCAGUUUUCUUUUAUUCCUCCAUUACUUAAAAAGAUUCCCUUACCCAUAAUACCUUUUCACUGGACUGCGCUUCAGUUCUGUAAGAUUGCAUCCGUCCUUCUCUUCCUCAGUUUUCCUUACUUCCUCCAUUACCUAAACAUACUGAGGACGGUAGACUGAUUGAUGCUAUCUGCAGCUUUGGGAAACUGCAUUCUUCUUCCCUUGGCCCCGUCUCUGCCGCCCUUCCAUCCCUGAUGGUAUAGAUGACUAAUAAAUGCCGACUCUACCUUUGGCUGGAUCUUUAAAACUACAAACCGCAUCCUCCCCUGCACCUCUCGCCCUGCCCCAUUUGUCACUGGGAGUAAAGCAUAUUGAUUUAACACAAAAAGAAUGGGCAUAACUCGCCACUCCAUUACAAAGCUGUCAGCAGGCAUGUUGUUUUAACCUGAUAAAUUCUAUCAGCGAAUGGAAGGCAACUUGGGAGGAAGGAUAGAUGCUGUUUUCAGAGUGUUCAAGGUCUUUUUAUUGAGAUGCCCCAUCCGACCCCAACCCUCCCCGGUCCCAACCCACCAUCAGUAGCUUGCAUGACAAGUUUAAAAAUGUCUGUUUGAUAAAAAUUCAUCUUCAUCGGGAUAACCUAAACCGUAUUGCUUUCUGUGGUCCUGACUGACACAGUUUGCAUUGAUGGAUCAAAUCCUGCUGACUUAAAUAUUUCGAACAAAUUUUCCAUGAACAUCAGUGCAUGGUUAAAACCUACAUCUUUGGGGAAGAGGUUGGAUGAGUUUUGAUAUCAGUACGCUGGCUCUAUAUUUCUCAAAGCAUCUUGGCACAGAUAAUCAAUUGUGGAACGGUAACAUUAAGUCGGGUCUUUUUUUCCCCCCCACCUCUUUAUUUUGUAAAAAUGACUGAGGAAAACGAACAGAAAAAAAGUCAAAGUUAAAUCAGUUCAUCUAAGUGACCUCUGAAACGUUCGUCAAUAAACGUUGUGUCCAGAUGAACCGAUUCAACUUUCUGUGUUUUCUUAGCUGGAUUGUUUCGCAUGCAUAAAGACAACUGACUGUUAGGUUUCAGUCAUGGGUUUUUGUUUACUGUCUCUGUGCUACUGUCUCUAUACCUACCUAUUGGACUGUAAACCAUCAGUGGAAAAAAAGGCCCGCUCCACCGCAAGAUGCUUGUGGGAAAUAAAAUUCAGAUUUUUUUUUUUUUCCUUGAGAUUGUAGAUACCCCAUGUACCAGGCCGCCCCAAGAGGCUGCUGAAGCCACUUGGAUCUUGUUGUUUCAGUAUCUGUUUACAAAGCCUUCAGGGUAUUUUCAACAGUCUUGAGUGCCAGGUAACUGGGUUAGACCCACCCUACCCAACCUUAAAGAAACUGCAUCCCCAUAGUGGACCGUGGGUAAUUGGUUUGAAUCAUACACUGCUUGUGGGAAGGGGAGGGGGGUAUUGUUUUAUCACAUGAGAAAGGGAGGCAUUUCCACAAGACUUGCCCCUUUGUCUCUAUGAAUGCCUGUUUUCUCCACUCACCACAAACAACCUUAGUACAUAAAUGAAGCCUGUUCAGUGUCUUGAAGUGGAAAGCAUAAUUAAUUUAUACACAGAGAGGCUUGAGUGGGAUCAAGUCCACAUCUGGGGGGCCGUUUGGUUGGAACAAAUGGGCAGGAGACAAGCAGGUAUAACCAAGCCACCUAGUACUCAAGAUGACAUGUAGUUGUCUCAUGUUUGUCAGAACAGUAACGAACAAGAAGAAGAAGGAAAAAAACCGGCAAAAAGCAGUUUGCUUGUGUGUUUUAGUUGUUGGAAAAGUCCUGAUAAGUACAAUCUUUCAUUUUUAUUGCAUAUAUUAAAAAACACAAUUAACAGGAUAUUGUAUAUAGCAGCAGUAUAUCAACAGUCUCUCAGGUUAUCAAACGUAAACAAACCUCCGUUUUAACAAGCAGCCAUGAUGUUCAUCAGACGUCUGCUGGAUUUGCUAUCCCCAACAGUUUUGAUCUUGGAUUCAGUGGGUUUUCUUUCAUUUCAUCUGGUUUAAAGCAAGGUUUCACUUUUCAGGCGCAUGCCUCCUAUAGGUGUUCAUGAAUGAUCACGUUCCUUUAUUGGCUGUUCCGUAGACUGUGGUCUCCAGCAGCUACAGUCACAACAAAAGCCUGAUGUAGGAGUCCUACUUGAGGACACCAAGGCAACAGAGUCAGCCCAGGUAAUCAUAUUUUGUUCUGUAGCUAGUAAUGCUUUUGAAAAGGUAAUUACGCUUCUUAGUAAUUACCUGUAUUGACUGCUUGGAUAGGCUCAAGCGUCCCACGACCCAAAGUAGGACAAGCUGUUUGGAUAAUGGAUUGCUGAGGGGGGGGGGGCACACACAUGCAACUUGUGACAACAGAUAAUUGGGGGCAUCUUUUUUUGGAUGGCGACUGCUCCUGAAUCUCUAUGGAGGCAUGCGUGUGCAUACAAGUGAAACACGGCUUUGAAAGAUGCUUUUACGUGUAACGUGACAGGGUAGGGACCAGUGGGGAGAGAUUAUGCUUUUCUGGAAGUAAGCUUUUAGUUUGAUGUUGAACCUACUUGGCCAGUUUAUUUUAGAUUUCCCCAAAUUUUCAAGUUAACAUUUUGAGUACCUUGAUUCAUGUUGAAUAUUUUCACGUUUCUGCGGCCCCUUCCCCACCCUCUUUUCUCCCAGCAGUUCCCCUCCCUCGGUCUGUUACAGAUCCGUUUUCUGUUUUACUGUUUUUUGUUUUUUUUUUGGCCUUUUUCAGGUAAAACGUCUUUUCUUUAAAUGAAGUUUCGGAAACUCUGUUAAAAGAUUGGGUGUUCUAGUCCUGUGCUUAACCAACGAUGAAAGGGAUAAAUAAGUCAUUUCUGCCUUGUCAGUGUUUUAUUUGUAUGUUACAAAUAAAGGAAAGUUGUUUGACUUC